AUGGAAGAGUUUUCUGAUAUACUCCACAUUCCUAUCCGAGAUCAGCUACCAUUCACUGGUUUGGAAAAUAUUCCAAAACUUGAAGUCGUUGCCACUGCUUUGCAUCUCAAGAAGUCUGAAAUUGAGAACAACUGGGAAACAAGAAGUGGAGUCAAGGGUCUCCUCGUUAAGUUUUUACUUGGGAAAGCUCGUUCAUUCUUGGAGGCCAUGAGUUACCAUGCUUUCGAGGACAUAUUAGCUUUACUUAUCUAUAGUUUGGUGCUGUUUCCUAAUCCUGACCAAUUCAUAGAUGUGCAUGCCAUCAAGAUAUUUUUGAAUCGCAAUCCAGAAAGUGUUACUAUCAUCGACCGCUGUGGACAGUACCCUAAUGUAGCACUCCUUGGUAUAAGGGGAGGCAUUACUUACAAUCCCUCUUUGGCCCUACGUCAGUUUGGAUAUGCUCGAAGGGAUGGUCCUCAUCAUUUGCUUAUAGAAGGCAUUGUGUUUGACUAUGAAAAUGAUUCUCAGGGUCACCGUCAGGAUUUCAUACGCGCUUGGGACAUGGUGAAUAAAGUUGAUAGCAAGAAUCUGGGGCAAAGGAACUCCAUUCCUCUAGAGCCUUUUCUCAUAUGGGUGCGCACUCGUGCUCAACAUUUUGUCAUGCCAUAUCCAUAUGUCAGACCUGUGAUUGUGGAACCCGAAGACGAAGAAAAAGUUCCUCAGGUUAUUCUUCAUCCACACAUGCCUACGGAUCUCGAAGAGCUAAAAAGAUCCUAG